ACAGGGUAGAGGAAGUGCAUGCGGAAGAUCACGAGGAUGACGCGCUGUGUUUAGUUGUGGACGCUGGCUAAUAUCUGUUGUUUCUAUUAUAUGUACUGUUGUGUAGGAAUACAGCUGUGUAGGUACACGUGUGUGAUCCUCCCGUGUGUGAUCCGUUCCGAGUUGCAAUCCACCCGUUUGUAUCGGUGAGGAUUAUAUUUGCACCUUGCAACAGUCUGUUGUUUGUAAACAGUUGGUUUACAAUGUUCAAACUAUAACCCAUUGACUAAUAAAGAGAGAUUGGGACCUCGAACUCUUUUGGUGAAGAUGCCUAUCCGUAACCUCGUGUCUAACGGGGACACCGCCGACAAAGUGAGGUACUCCCGGCUCCCCAGUCAUGAUGACGGCUACAUUGAUCUGCAGUUCAAAAGAAGCCCGCCUAAAGUCCCCUACAAGGCCAUUGCCCUCGCCACAUUCCUGUUCCUGAUUGGGUCGUUGCUGAUCGUCAUUGGCUCCCUGUUGUUGGCGGGGUACUUUGGUGUCACAAACAGCGACCGGACUGUUCCCGUCCUGAUCAUCGGGAUCCUGGUGUUCCUGCCCGGGUUUUACCACCUCCGGAUCGCCUACUAUGCAUCAAAGGGUUACCGUGGUUACUCGUAUGACGACAUUCCGGACUUUGACGACUGAGCCCUUUUAGUCUCAGGAUCCUGGCUCUCCCGUGGACCUGAACUAGGGCCCGCUGCUGGCUGUUAUAACAGGAUAGAUAUAGUCCAUUAUGUAGCUCUAUGGUGGACGGGUAGAUGCACAUGGUUCACCCCUGCAGCGUUGUUUUAUACCUUAUUUCAGAUCAAGUCCAAAGAACCUUAUGGGUUUUAAGGCAGUUAAAUGUGAUUUAUUAUCUUUUGUGUUUUUGUCUGCAGGCCAAAUACAUGACCGUUGAAAUGUUAGUAAGUUAAAAGUAUUAGUGGUGGCUUUGCACUUACAGCGAUGGCUUGCACACAAGUUUGGCCAUUGUUUUCUGCCUCAGUUUAAUUUAAUAAAACCUAAAAAUAA